GAGGUGCUGUCGGUGGCUCAGAGCAGGCAGCAGGAGCCGCGGCGGCGGCGGCGCUCCCGGGGAAGAGCUGCUGCGGGGGUCGCAGUGGCCGAGACUGGGGACGGGGGCGGCCAGGCCCGGCCUUGGGCCCCCCGCGCCAUGGAGAUAGAAAAGGAGUUCCACCGGCUCGACCAGGCCGACAGCUGGGCCGCCAUCUACCAGGACAUAAGACAUGAAGCCGGUGACUUCCCUUGCAAAGUGGCUAAACUUCCCAAAAACAAAAAUCGGAACAGGUACAGAGAUGUCAGCCCUUUUGACCACAGUCGAAUUAAGCUGCAGCAAGAUGAUAAUGAUUAUAUCAAUGCUAGUUUGAUUAAAAUGGAAGAGGCACACAGGAGCUACAUCCUUACACAGGGUCCCUUGCCAAAUACUUGUGGUCACUUUUGGGAGAUGGUUUGGGAACAGAAAAGCCGUGGUGUUGUCAUGCUCAACAGAGUUAUGGAAAAGGGAUCAAUAAAAUGUGCACAGUACUGGCCACAAAAAGAAGAGAAAGAAAUGCUCUUUGAAGAGACAGACUUGAAGCUUAUCUUGAUAUCAGAAGAUAUAAAAUCCUACUAUACAGUACGACAGUUACAAUUGGAAAACCUGACAACACAUGAAACCAGAGAGAUUCUGCACUUUCACUAUACAACGUGGCCUGACUUUGGAGUCCCCGAAUCUCCAGCUUCAUUCCUCAACUUCCUGUUCAAAGUGAGAGAAUCGGGGUCACUGAACCCCGAACACGGACCCAUUGUAGUUCAUUGCAGUGCAGGAAUCGGAAGAUCAGGAACGUUCUGUUUGGUUGAUACUUGCCUCCUCCUGAUGGACAAAAGGAAAGACCCUUCUUCUGUCGACAUCAAGCAGGUUCUCUUAGAAAUGAGGAAAUACAGAAUGGGACUAAUACAGACCGCCGACCAACUUCGUUUCUCUUAUCUGGCUGUUAUAGAGGGAGCAAAAUUUAUUAUGGGAGAUUCUUCUGUGCAGGAGCAAUGGAAAGAGCUCUCCAAUGAGGACUUGGACCCACCACCAGAGCAUACUCCCCCACCACCGAGACCUCCCAAACGAGGUUCAGAAAACGGGAGAGUGCCUGAGCCCAUCCUUCCAAAGCGUCAGGUGAUGGAGGUGGAGGUCAAGUGUACAGUCGCCGGCGUUCACGAGAAGGUGCCUGAUGGGGAGCCGCUAGACGUAGAGAGCACUAGUCAAGACACUGAACUUAGGAAGAGAACUGUUGACGCUUCACCACACAGUGAAGAGCUGGUGAAGCCAGAAGAAGAGGAGGAGGAGGAGGAUAAUAUUGUGGCCACUUGGAAACCAUUUCUGGUCAACAUCUGUGUGUUCACCGUCCUCACAGCCGGAGCAUACCUCUGUUACAGGGCAUGUUUUCAUUGAUGGACAUAACCAGCGCCGGUACCAGAAAUGCCAGUAACACAGCUGGCGUUUAAACCCGUUUCUGUAAAAAGAAAGCUAAAGGGGGGCAUCCAAGCCUUGUCCCAGUGGGAAGUUUAUCUUAAUUUUGAGAAGCUGGAACUUUGGUUAGGGCUUAAAAGAGAAAAAAUGAUGCACUAGGGUUUAAUUUUUAGCCCUGUGGUCCCAAGAAUUUAAUAUUCUAAUCUCAGGGCCUUGAGAUAUUCAGGAGUAAGCAGAGAAUAUGCCAAAUAAGUCUUGUGUUUUUUUAUUAUUUUUUCCUUACUUUUAAUGGAAUAAUAAGAGUUUACAACACAUUGUUGUUCUUUUAUUUUAUUUUUAGUGUUUUUAAAAACCAGUUUUUUUUAAAUUUUUAUUAUCAUUUUUUUCCUCCAGAAAAGGAACUUUUAGGCACAGAAAUUGCUUCAAUUCUUCAUGUGUUUGUAGCCAAAUACAUGAUUUAGAGGUUUUUAAAAUAAUAAAUAACGCCACUACCCAUAGAAACACCCAAGAAUGUAUGAAAUGUUGAAAAGGGAGAGCUCUUUCCUUGAUGCCUUUGAAAGACUGGGGGCUUGAGUCUGUGAAGAACCACUUCCAUGCAUCCUCUGUUAGGUAAACUGACCGCUGCUGCUCAGGAGCCCGAGUUGAACAGAGAUUAAUUAGUGGUGCCUCUUGGUGGGUUGUGCCCUGCAUUUCCCCCCAGUUUGUUUUUGGGCAGUGCAGAUAGUGACAAAUCUACUUCAUCUGUUGGUUGGUCUGUUCUGAAAUGAUUGUUGCUUUUCUUUCAUGUCUCUUACGAUGGGCAUCACCCAUUGCUCAGGAUGCCCCAGCAGGUCAAAGGCUACUUCUGUUCCCUCCUCUCACCUCCUCUUCAGAAAUGAUGAACUGUGCUUCCUUCUACCACUGCCCCUUUUGUUGCACAUGAUGCAUACCUGUUGCACUGUGGCAUCGGCUUUGUUUUAAUUGGAGGGGAGGGGGUUUCUGUCAGAGGAGAGAGAUGCAACCAGAACACUUCUACUAGCAUUAAGUAGGACUUUCAGGUAACUGUUCCAAAAUAACUGGAUUCAAGGUCUCCCCGCCCCCAGUGAUUUGGAAUGUAAAAAGCAAUUUCAUGCUGUAUUUGCCCUGUGAAGAAUGCUUUGUGUUCAAGCUGAAAAUGAGAGAACAUUAAUUCAAAAGACAAACUAGGUCCUCUGGGACAGAGAGAUCUAUUGGGAGUAGUUCUCCAUAAAUUGCAUGUAGCCAAGGCUUUGGAAUAGCUUCCUCCAGAGAAGUGGCCAGCAGAACCAGUCAUCUUUCAAAAUGUAAGUGACUGGGUUAGUGGCUCUAGCAUUUUGUUGGGCUUUUAAGAAAAUAAGGAUUUCAUGAUUGGUUUCCAUUUGGCUCAGGGUGGUACGUUCAGUAGCCAGGCUUAAGUGUCUGCAACAUAUCUUCACAGGAAGGAGGAGGAGUGGUCACUCCCCCUCAGAAGAUAUUUGUGGUCCUAGCUAUUGUAGUUGCUUCGUUAGAUGAAGAUUUGAGGUAUUUUUGUUAUGUGGGAACUGAGGUUAACUUGCCAUAGCUGCUAAAAGGCAGCAGAAAUUACAAUUAUGGGAAUUUUUUUAUUUGUCCUUUGUUUUGGGAUUGGGGUUUGUUUGUUUUUUGCCAGAUAGAUACUGGUAAGGCUGGGGAUAGUUAGGCUGAACUCUGUCAAACCCACUUUUUAUUAAAAAAAAAAAAAAUUGAACAAGCUAUAGAAAUCAAAAGAAUACUUCUUUGUAAUGCUAAGGUUAGAGACAAAUUCAUUAAUUAAAGUUGUAGCUGUUUUGAAAAGAACAAUGACAAUUGCUCAUUUGUGGCUAAUCAGGGCUUUGGGGGAAAAAUCUGUAUUCUCCUUAGCAAAGCACUUAGACAUUGUCCUUUCAAUUUUUAGAAAUAUAUUGCAUUAUAUACUUUUCACUCCAUAUUUAUUUUUGUUCUCCGCACUUGUUCAAUCUGGGGCUCCUUUUUUCUUUUUUUUAUCCUUGAACCAAUUAGGUAUUAAUAAAAGGUCUUUUGAAGGAGAGCGAGAAUGUUGGGGUUUUGUUUUUUGGGUUUUUUUAAAAUGCUUACAUCAAGGGCUUUGCAAAAGUACAAUAAUAAAUCCUCAGGUAGUACUGGGAAUCUUAUAAAAAUUUUACCUAUGAGACUGUUGGUCAGACCAGAAUUUGAAAGAAAAGGAAUAUUGUUAAACAGUCAAUAUAUAGUAGUAUUGGAAACAUGAAAAAUACUGAGUAUAGAAAAUGAUAUAAUAUAUAAAGGCUCAUCUGUGUGAUUUGCAAUACAGUAUGUGAUUGCUUUGUCCCGUCGGUCUCCUAUCACUUACUAGGGUAUUGUUCAGAAGCAGCAUUUGUACCCCAUUUUUUAAUUCAAAUGCAUGCAGAGUCUCUUAAAAGUAUCCUGAUUUAAAAGAAAACACACACACACACACAAAAACCCCUUGUGUGUUUGAAAAGUUGAAAAGAAACUUGUAUUUCUGCUUCCUGAUGUGCCCAGAUUAUAUUUGCAUGACCUGAUCAUUUUAAAUGGCCGUGGUUCAAAGGGUGUUGCUGAGAUGUCUUCUUCAUUCAGCCAAAUAGGUUGGUUGGUGUUUUCUCUUUUUUAAAAAACAAAAACAACAAAAAACAGAACCCUGUAUCUUGCCUAGUUACUUGGCAUGAAUUUUCUAUUCAGUUUUAUACGUAUGCCAUGUUAGCCCAGUUGUAUACCACAUAUUUCAGCCAAUUAAAUAUAGUACAGACAUUCCAGAAUGUAUACAAAGCCAUAUUCACACCUCACACAUACACACAACGUACAUACACAAGUAUUCUAGAGCAAAACAGCUGAAAAUCAAGGUGCUUCGGUCUGGCUUCAGAAGUCCCAAACAAAUAGCUUUUUUUGCAAAGGCCUCUGGAAGCAAAGUGAGAGUUGUUUUAAAAAGCAUGUUCUUUGUUUCCACAGACAUCAAGAGAUUUAGAGAGAGAGAAAUCAGAGCUCUCAAAAAUAGCAAUGGGUGAUGAAUGCAUUGUAACAUUCUUCCUCAUUAGGGAGGAACCUAUUGAAUUUCAGAAUGUGUCUCAAGAGUUUUACAGUGACUUGAUUGUAGUUGAUUUGCAAACAGGAAGAAUGAAAAGAUCUCUCUGGCUACCUGUGCCCUCUUAUGCUAACUAGGGUCACUGUCUGCCCUUGUACCUAUUUGAACUAAAGGUAGACAUGUACUGCAGUGAAAACAUACAGUCGAAUGCCCUAGUAAAGCCCAGUGAGGUGUGUAUAAGGCUUAUAAUGCUGAACUGUAAGUAUUUUGUUUUGAUGUCCUGUAUAUGUAUGUAGUAGUUUGGGUGUGUAUAUACAGUAGCGUUUCAAAGUGGAUGUAUUGGUUAACCUAUUUGGGGGGCGG